CGCUGCAGACAGAGACAGUGCCCGGCCGGAUGAGCAGGUCACACGGCGACAAGGCAGCAGCAGCACCGGGGUAGGAGGCAGCGUUCAGGCUGGGGCUACCGAACAGCAGACGGGCUCCUCCAGGUCACCAGGGAGCGCGGUGGUCAUCGCUGUCUGACAGCGCAAUCAGUAUCUUCCCCCGGGACUUUCCUUAAGUGUGAGUGGAGGCGACGGUGCGACUAUGUCCCAGCCAGCGGCAAGGCGGCUGCAGCGCGGAGCUCCCCUGAUGCUCCAUCCAGGAAUGAUGGAGUCGCCCAGCGUCGACAAAGAUCUGCUGGAGGCAUGCACCUCUCCACUCGAGCUGAAGUCAGCCCCCAGCAAGAAGAUGUGGGUCAAACUGCGGGCUCUCCUGAAGUACAUGGUGAAACAACUAGAGAAUGGAGAGGUCAACAUUGUGGAACUGAAAAAGAACUUGGAGUACACAGCCUCGUUGCUGGAAGCAGUAUAUAUUGACGAGACAAGGCAGAUUCUAGACACAGAAGAUGAAUUGCCAGAAAUCCGUUCAGAUGCUGUUCCCUCUGAGGUCAGGGAUUGGUUGGCCUCCACAUUUACACAGCAGACGCGGUCAACUGGUCGGCGGUCUGAGGAGAAGCCCAGAUUCCGUAGCAUUGUACAUGCUGUACAAGCAGGGAUCUUCGUGGAAAGAAUGUUUCGAAGGACGUACACAGCAGUUGGCCCAAAUUACUCCGCAGCUGUCGUUAAUAGCUUAAAGCACUUGGACCUCUGGGACUUUGAUGUGUUUGUGUUGAAUAGAGUGAGUGAAGAUCAUGCCUUGAAAACUAUUGUUUUUGAACUUCUGACCAGACACAACCUGAACAGUCGUUUUAAGAUUCCUGUUGCGUUUCUAAUGAGCUUUCUGGAUUCCCUGGAGAGCGGCUACGGGAAGUAUAAGAAUCCUUACCAUAACCAGAUCCAUGCAGCAGAUGUAACACAGACAGUGCACUGCUUUCUACUGCGGACAGGCAUGGUGCAUUGCCUAAAUGAGAUUGAGAUCCUGGCUAUUAUUUUUGCUGCUGCCAUCCAUGACUUUGAACACACAGGAACUACAAACAGCUUCCACAUCCAGACAAAAUCAGACUGUGCUAUCCUCUAUAAUGACCGGUCAGUGCUGGAGAACCACCAUGUCAGCGCAGUUUAUCGGAUCAUGCAAGAUGAUGAAAUGAACAUAUUUGUGAAUCUCACCAAGGAUGAGUUCUCGGAAUUAAGGUCUCUUGUCAUCGAGAUGGUCCUGGCCACAGACAUGUCUUGUCACUUCCAGCAAGUCAAAACCAUGAAAUCUGCCCUGCAGUCACUGGAGAACAUAGACAAAUCAAAGGCGCUGUCUCUACUACUGCAUGCCGCUGACAUCAGCCACCCCACCAAACAGUGGAAAGUGCAUGGACGGUGGACCAAAGCUCUGAUGGAGGAGUUUUUCAGACAGGGUGACAAGGAAGCAGAACUGGGGCUGCCUUUCUCUCCGCUAUGUGACCGCAAGGCCACACUGGUUGCUCAGUCUCAGAUAGGCUUCAUCGAGUUUAUUGUUGAUCCAACAUUCUCGGUGCUAACCGAUGUGGCUGAAAAGAUUGUACUUCCAUUAGUAGAAGAGGGCAGCAAAUCCAAACAAGCUGCGGCUGUCAACCAGUCUAGCUCUCAGUGGAGACAGCCAUCAAUCGAUGAACAGGCUGAGCUCGGAGACAUCAAUGCUGACCUGAACAGCUUUCGGACAACGUGGACCAAAUACAUCCAGGAGAACAAGCAGAAGUGGAAAGAGAGAGCAGCAAGCGGAAUCACGAACCAGACGUCUGUGGAUGAACUUUCACCCUGCGAGGAAGAACAUAGCACAGAGGAAAAUGGUAACCUGGACUAGUGCACAGUUUCCAUGGAGACCAGGCACUUCUCCAUCCGCAUAGAGGUCCAGAUCUCCUCCCGGCAGUACAGAAGGACUAGGACACUGGGAAUAAAGAGAAUGGAUCUGAAGCCGCAGUUCACUUGGCACGCACAGAACAUCUGGCAUUCAGGGAACUUGACAAACCCAGGAAUCCCUCCGUCUGUGACACUGUGUUGGCGACCCACAGAUCAUUGCACAGCUCUUUCUCUCUGUCCACCUGUCUCUGCUUUGUGGGUCUAUCUCUCUUUUUGUGGAUGGUUUAGAUACUACCAUACGGAACUGCCUUUGCUCUGUCAAACAGCCGAAUUUUUCUUUUGUGUGUCUUUUAGAUUGGAACACUACUUUAUUUUGCUGUACUCACAGUCAGCAAUGUACAAUCACCUACAUUUUAUACAUAUAUAUAUAUAUAUUGCCUCUCACAAAUCUUUCAAGGCUCUGCAUGAUUUAGUUCUUAUUUUUCCAGAGUGAUGCAAAAAACACUUCACAUAUGCACAGUGACAUGAAGAAACAAGUAUGGAACUAUGUCCCUUCAUCUCAUCUCAAGAAGGUCCAAAGAAGAGGGCCUGGGAAUAAAUAACAUUUUGUAACGUAAUAAAAUGCAAUAUUAUGAAACUAUGAACAAACCACCAAAAGGUUACAUAUAGAUAGUACUCAGGACUCUUUCAGAACAGUGGUCCUCAAACCAGUCCCCAGGGACAACUAUUAAGCUAUAGUAAAUGUGUUGCCACCAGUAUGUUGACAAGGAAAUCGGCCAAUAAGAAAACAACGUCCAGUCUGUGGAUGGUUUGAGGGUCACUGGUUCUGAGAAUUGAGCACGUGGAAAAAAUAGAGUUUAGUUGUGUGGAAAGUAACUGGUUGAUACCAGGAGCACUGAGAAUCUGAGGAGCGGGCUCAAACUACUCGGGCCCAGGCCUGUCCGGGGAGAGAGACCUGCAAAGGAGGCACUGCCAUGGUAGUGUGGCCAUACCCCCUCCUGUAAUCCAAGAUUACAACUGGGUGUGACCACACCUUAUCCACACCCUCAAAAUGACCAGGGUCUGACAGGUUUUAUGAUGGACCUGGUUGAUACAAUCAAAUCAUAAAAUCAUCCCUUUCGCUUUAUUGUAAUCUAGUAAUUCAAAGGGACCAAAGCAUGUUACUAUUUACUGUAGCUUAAUUAGAAGAAUGCUUAUGUAUUGGAUUUUUUGACUACGUAUUGCUGCUUAACACAUAAUACCCAGCUCAGUGUAUUAGAUAAACACUGGUAUUCAUAUUAUUUCCAGCUAAGUGUGACGUGCAAAACAAAAUCCUGUUUCUUCCUCUAAGAUUCGCUGAGCAGGACACCAGAAUCAGGCAAUCCUGUGCACGCCCUGUCCUUCUGAGAGCCUGCAGAGCAUUGCACUGUUAAAGAUUUCCUCGAAUGAUUUUCUAUGCCAGGCACCUGUAGACCAUUGUAUGUAUUCCAUUCCCUGUCGCCGGUCUGUUCUGUCCUGACUGUCUGUGUUGGACGUACUGUUUUUGUGAAUUGUUUUGUAGUGUGUUGUACAUACUCUAUCUGAAACAACUGUCUACUCAUUAACCUUCAUGAUUCCUAUAUACGGACAUAGAAAUCUUUCAAUUCAUUUAUAGAAUGUGGUGUGGCUCAGUCACCUGCUUACUUGGUGAUUGCAUGUCCUUCCCUCUUACCUAACGACAAAAUGUUUUUGGCUAAUAGUUUGAGUUUGUGUUUAAUCAUCACAUCUCAGGUUAAAGAUUUUCAGGUAGUCUAGUCCCAAAUAAAUGUUUUGCGGACUUUGCUGCAUCAAGAUGCAGCAUGGCUGUCUUAAAGGCAGAUUGAUGGUAUAGUUUUAUGAUAUGUCCAUUAACAUGAUACCAUAGCAUUACAUGCCUCAAUAGCAUCGAAAGUGACUUUCAUUAUAGUAUAUACUGUAGUUAGUAGUAGACAUAUUAGCUACUGUCAUUUAUCAGAUACAUAAUUAUCCGUUCCUGCCCCUAAUGUGCCGUUUUAUCAAUAAUAUCAGAUUAUUCCCACAACAUCUUCAUUAGACCGGCUUGACACCAGAAUCUGUUUUGCAGUGUGUGGAGAGCUGCAGAGAUACAACAGAUAGCAAUAUGAGAUACUAGAUGAAAGUGGAAAUAAAUUACUUAUUCAUUCUUCAAUAGAGAAUGAUUUAAACAAAUAAAAAAGUAAAUCAGGUAGGCAUUACGUCUUUGCUCUAAAGGUUCUGAGAAUAUGGAGAAAAGCACAUGUUAUACGAAAACCAAAACUAGAAGGAAACCAAUUCAAUAUGCUCUAUAGUUUUCUGCAACCCCCAACCUCCCAUGAAUUUCAAUAUGUUUUGUUUUACGGCUUUGCUUUUGCUGUUUUGUGUUGGGUUAGAGGAAACUGUAUUCAUCCAAUCCAUCUACCUGUAUACACUCAAGAAAUAAGCUCCACCCACUGUUGUCAUGCUGUCAGUCUAAAAGUGUUCUAUAAUACAGUGGGUGUGGUUCAUAGGGGUGACUACACUUAGGUCGACAGCGUCUAGGUUGACCACUAUUGGUCGACAGUGACUAAGUCGACACCCAAAAUAGGUCAACACAAGCAUUAGGUCAACAUGACAAAAGGUAGACAUGAGUAUUUUGUUUUUUAAAUGGUGUAGUUUUCUUCAUAGAGUGACUGGGAACCCCAAUUAGUGCACCGUGUCACCUCACAUGGCUUGCACUUCGGGCAAGGUGCCUCGCUCCGCUACCACUACGCUCGGCACAGGUUACCAUUCCCAAACGUAGUCCACGUGGAUCGUAAAGUAUGAAAAAGUAAAAAAAAAAUGGAAAAAAUUGUGAAAAACUCAUGUCGACCUUUUUUCACGUCGACCUAGUACACGUUGACCUAAUGUCCAUGUCGACCUAGAAACCAAGUCGACCUAAUGCAUGUUGACCAAUAGCGGUCAACCUAAUGACUGUCGACCUAAGUAUGGUCGACCUAGAGACCGGAUACCAAUACAGUAACCAAUGCAUACCAGUUAAGCUGGGUAUACACGGUAAGAUGUAUCAUGCGAUAUAUCGUUCUGACGCUGAUCAGAGUGAUAUAUCAUAUACAGUAUAUAGUGUUUGCCUGUCAUUCCCGGCAACUGUUCGUUGAAUAAUCCUAUUGGAAGAUUAAUAAUCCAAUGGGACAAUUUCACGGCCAAUGCGGUGUUGUUGCAUGCAUCAUGAAACGAUGCAUUCCACCGUCACAUAGCGGAUUGUUUACAGUGUACGGCGGAUGCAAUAUGUUUUGUUACAUCACAGCGUUGGGUCUCAUCGUCGCAUGGUGUGUACCCAGCCCAAGUGGCGGCAAAUACCAACUAGAUAUAAAGUGAACCUCAUAUUGAUAAAAUAUUUAAUAUACAGAGGCUCUUAUAAUACAUACCAUAUAUAAAGUCACAGAUAAAUGUAUCUUCCACCUCUCUGUUCUGUCACUGAAGUUUGGUAGGACUAGAACUUUGACACACAUUAACUUUAGCAAAUACUCUGUCCAUUGCAUAACCUUGGUGUUUGCUUUAGGGUAGGUGGAUUGUAGCCAUCAGCUGUAUAGAAACAUAACAGUGCGAAAUGUGUUUCAUACUCUAAUGAAAGGGCUGGAUGCUGCCACAGUGAAACGCUGUUUGCUGUUAAAUUAAAUGUGACCUGCUGUUUAGUGUCUAGUAGCUGAAAUGACCGUGGUCCUAGCUUUCGUUCUUGUAAUACUAACCUUGUAUGUACCCUGCGAGUGCUACCUAGCUGGAUAACAUGGGACCCUAGUAUUACGGAUGUUUAGGUACAUCAAAAUUGUGGUAAGUAUAUUUAUAUUUUUAUUGAGAAAAUGAGAAUAAUAUAUAUUCAAAUAAUAUAUUCAUAAUAUAUGCUAUUAACUUAGCACUUUACAAUACACGUGGACCCUUCAAUGUGUCAGAUUCUCUGCAUCUUUACCCUAUAAAAGUGCUGUUCAGUUGCAUUCCAGACCCACUGCCAUCAGCUGUCUGUUCCCUGCUCCUCUGCUGGCUCACCACUGAUCUAUGGAUCUAUGGAGCAGAGGGUUCCUUAAUGACUUCUCUGUGUUGACAUUUAAUGAAUGCCAUAGAAUAUAGGGCAUUGCAGGCUGGCAUUCAAAGAUGCCAAAUUUAACCAAGCUCAAUGAGCAUUAAUCCCCCUUAGUGUUAUGACAUUAUGGGGGAUUAAUGGAGGAGGAUGAUGGGAGGGGUUUCAUGAAGAAUGAUGAAGAAAGGAGGCCAAAGAUGGAGGAUGAGGGACUAACGAUGGAGAGUUAAUUAUAUAUAGUAAGGGAUUAAUGAUUCUUAUAGAGUGAUGGGUUAAUGAUGAAUAAUGGAGGUUGAAUGAUGAUGAGUAAUCACCUUUAAUUAAAAAAAUCUUUGAAUGCUCCCUAAUAAAAUGUGCCAAGCACACCUACAGCUAGCCAAGCUGUAAUUGUGCUGCUCUGCAGACCUCUGCCCAGAUGUAGUUCUGCGCUUCGGAUCUUACUUGUAGGAUUGUACGAGAACAGCCUGAGAACAUGUGGGUGCACUCUGCUCCUGGAUAACCUCUGAGUCCUCAGAGAGCAAACCUUCCCCUAGACAUGGUAAGUGAAGCUUAACUAAAACUAGUUACGUACCACUGCCCUAUAACAUGCUCAGCCAGCACAGUACAAUUAUGUCUUCCUUCGUAUUUUCAUUCCAAUUUGUUGUUCUCUCCUUGUGACCACUCAUCAUACUCUUAGUGUAACUUUCUUUCUACUUAUUGUGGGGAGAGGAAUACUCAUCCAGAAAAUGUUCUUCAUUAUGCGCAUAACAUUAUGAUGUAUUCCAUACACUGUUUAUGGAAUGUUUAGGUAUGAGUAACUGCAGGGGGUGAUUUGUAAAAGACUUUCUUAAUGUGGACUAGUACAAACACCAUGCGAUAUCUUUGAUUAGAAUUUUUUAUUUUAUUUUUGUUUAUUUGAGAGUAGUGAAUUUUGGAUUAAAAUGUGGAUUUAGAAGUUAAAGGACAAAAACAUCUUUCUACCAUCAGGUGCCAGGUGACCUCACCUGAGCAACAAUGUGAACGUGGUACAGUGGCAUCUUGACCGCAUCCCGGACGGUACAUAUAUAUAGGAUAUGUAGACAACACAAGAGAAAAAGGCUAUCGGUCCUAGGUGUUUGUAACAUAUUUACUUUUUUCAACUUAUGUUUAAUUACUUCUUAUUUUAUUGUUACAGAAACAAUCGGAAUAAUAUUUAUAGUUUACACACUAUUUGUAUUUAACUACUACUUUGGUUUUACUAAGUGCAUGAUUGACUUACCCCUUAAGUCCAGAUACAAUAAAGAUGCUGUGAUAUGGCGGACAGGUACAGAUUAUACAAAAUGAAGAUGAAUUAUAGCUAUCUAUAACAUUUAGAAUUGUUAUAUUUUUUAAACUCUGUAUAUUUGAAAUUGAUUAAUACAAUACCGUUUUAACAUUGCUUUGUCAAUGGAAACAUCCUCUGCUUUUUUUUUUUUUUUAUUAAGUCUAAUAGGUCCCCGAACUUGGUAUUCUUUUAGUAAAUAUGUAUUUCAAUAACAGGAUACCACAGGGCCUACAAGCAACAGGAGGGUUAAAGUUUCUAGGUAGAUUUGUAAAUAUCUUGCUUCUGAUGUACCCGUCAGUGGUACAUUCUUGUAUUUAUUUCAGAUCUUAUUUUGUAAUGCUUCAUAUGCUAUGCUUAUCGGCAGUGCAAAUAUUUUCAUCAAGAAAGAGAUGAUGAUAUCAGUGAAAGGCAGUUCAGCGUUCAGUGCUGUGAUAACCGAACAGUAAUACAGAAUGACUGUCUGCUUGGCACCAGCUACUUGACAUCUGCACAGAAAUGGGACUUGCAAUCUAGAGUGUUCUGUAUUGUAUAAAUAUUGUAUAUUCUACUUACAGUAAGGGUACAUUCAGAUUGUGUUGGCUGGGCCAUCCAGAAAAAUAUUUGCUUAGAAUCCACACUGCUGUAGAUUAAGAUUGACCAUACUAAGUAUCCUUUAUACUUAUAAAAUGUUGUGCAGGGAAAGAGGUAUCAAGCUUUGGAGAGAGAUAAAGUGGAGACGUUGCCCAAAGCAACUAAUUAUUUAUCUAGCUAUCAUUAAUCUAACACAGGCUUGAUAUAUUUCCCUUAUAGCAAAAAGACUCAUAACUACCACAUACAUAGAUACAUAGCAACCAACAAGUAUCUAGCUGCCAGUUUCAUAUACAAUUUAGAUAUGUCUGACAUGUUGCUAUGGGUAAUAACAUUUCUUCCCCUAAGUGAUGUUCCAUGUAAUGUUGUUGAGUUGGAGAAUAAAGGUCCACUUAGAAAAUGUACCAUUGCAAAAUAAUAUAUGUAUUACAAACUAUAAGUAAAUAACAAAUAUCAAGACGAUUGUUAAGUAUAUUUGGUUUGACCAGUAAAGAAAGCAUUACAACAAUCGCAUGGGGCCCAAAAUGAUUUGCCCCCACUUUAGUGGUUACUCUGGGGCGGAUGCAGAGUUUAAUGCAAAAUGGUAGUACUAACGUAUUAAAAGGAAAAAAAAAACAUGAAAAAAUAGUGUAUAUCAGCCCAUGUACUCAAGAUGCCCUCCAGUUGUCAAUGGCUGUAUAUGAGUCUGUUUUACCCCAGACAUGUAACCCUCAUGUUUUUAACCAAAUUUUGUCUAAUAAAUAGCAAUUACUAUUGGGCACCGAUAAAACUUUGAAAAUCUCUCUAACACAGCAAAAACAGAUAGUCCACAAAUGUUGCUAAAUAACACACACAAAUGAAUAAUAUAUGCCGGCCAACUAAGAUAGCAUCAGAUGACAAUACAUUCGCACACAGCCAAUCACAGGCAGUUCACUUGUGCAGUCAUCGUUAUCAGCAGAUAUCUUCACCUGCCCCUGACCACCCUUCUCGGUCUAUGUCCUGCCUACAUCUCUUUGCAAAUAUUGUCCUCUACUCUAGAAUGCCCUUUACCUCUCCAGGAGCAAACGGCAUAAGUGCCAGAAUCACAUACGAACAUAUGUGUGCAUCCACUUUCUAGGCAUGUGGAGUAAGAUUUCACGCAACAUAUACUAUGCAAACUGUGGUAGUACUCGCACUACAACUGGCCCCAUAUGUCUUGUGUAUUAUCAAGCUCUUGGAGAGUCACGGUCCCUGACCCUCAUGGUAAAUAUCUCAUGCAGAUCCCUAUAAUUUGGCAUUAAAUUUUGGGUCUAUUUAUCAAAUUUAACAGAUUUUAUUUAGCUUUAUUAAAGUGAAAAAAAAGUCAAAUUGAACAAAUCCUACAUAUAUUUCUCUGUUAUUUUUGUCUUAGUUUUGGUCUAAUAAAGAUAUGUUUGUGUCUAGGACUUUUUCUUGUAACCCAUGAGACCUACCCAAAUGGUGGUUACUUCCAUUUUCUAAGCAACUAGAAAAAUUGUGACGAAAAUCAGAAAUUUUCUUUUCCAUCACGAUCAUAGAUCUCUGCUUUAAACCUUUAGGAAUUUUUGUCCCUUAGUGAUCAUCGUCAAAUUGUGUGGUUUUAGAUACUAUUGUGGAUAAGGGUUUUCUAAGAUGAAAUAAACAACGGAUGGUUAUUUAGCUCACAGUGCACCCAACGCUAUUUCUCCUGCUGAAUCUGUUUGAUAAACGCACUAGCCAAUCAGCUUCAAUAUGUAUAUUAACAGUUAGGAAUUGAUUGGUUGGUGCGUUUAUCACCUUGCGCAUAUCACUGUUUUAUCACUUCCUUAUGCCUUCUCCAGGUUAAUACAUCUGCCCCAAUAUGAGUUUAAUUCCCUUCUCCUUAAGGGAUGAGGGCACAUCAACACCUGCUAAAACUGUGUCAUUGACUAAGAAGAUGAGAACAGACCUGGAUGGGUAGCUCAUGGGGGAGGGGCAUUGACACCCACUCAGCUUGUUUCACUCCUGGGAGCUUUAGAGCACAAGGAGACCCUAGUAGGUAUGACAGAUUGUGGAAAGUACACAUUGCAUCGAACUCCACCAACAACCAUUUUUUAAAUUUUCCAAUAUAAUUUGCUAAGAUACUAAACAUAUUGCGGUAAAAUUAUACUUUGUUUUGUGAUGUUUCCGUAAUAAUCAUUUUUACUAUUAUUACAUCAUCAAUCUAUAAUAUGGUUAUUUGUUUAGUGCAUAGUGGCUUACUCCCUGAGACUCAAAAUUGGGAGUAAGUGGUUAAGGACAUGCCAUUACUUGCAUCACAAAUCCCCGCCCAUUGAAAUAAUCAUUGAGAGUCAAUGGAAGUCAUCUAACUGCUGCCGUUCAGUUUUUACUGGGUUGGGGCUUGGUGACAUUUUUCCCCACCCACAUGCUGAUAUGAAUUGCCCUGCCCACCUCCUGUUCUCCCACCUCACCUCUGCAUCCCCCAGAUAGGAGUAUACAAGAAGUAGAUAAUGGUUUAAUGACCAUGCGAUAUCAGAGGGUAAAAAGUCCUUUCUCAGUAUCUGAUUAUAAAUGUACUGUAUGGUGCAGAUUGUCAUACUGGGGGAUUCUUUGGUAAAUUUUAGUAGCCAUUGUGGACAUUGUCUUAUUUGACAGUAGAAUAGGUACUGUACGGUUAGCAACCAGUCAAAGAUCCCCUUACAGGCUAACAUUCCAGUGGUGAGGUGCCACCAACUACAUAUUUACAUAUUCAGAUGACUCAAAAUAGAAAAAAGAAGCACUUGUAUGAUGCACUUAUCAGUCAUGGAAAUGUAAUACAUAAUUGUUUACAGUUAUAAAUAAAAUAUAGGCACACUAACUUCAAUUGGUAGCAAAAUAUUUAUUUUAAUUAUUGCUUAUUUUCUUAAUUAUUCUUUCUUUUUUUUAAAUAUUUUGCUAUUGAUUAAAGUUAUUGGGGAUGCAGUCAAUAUACCUGCUGUCAGGAUUCCGAUGGUCAGGAGACCAACGCCAGAAUCUCAACACCCGGUGAAAUCUGGACGCCCAGAAUCCUGACAAACACACGGUAUUCACACUUGGUUGGUGGGCCCACGCCACAAACCGAGUGGGAAUGGAACUUGCCCUGAUGCGUGGCGAGGGGACUCACUGCCAGGAUUCCGGCAGACAGGAUGCCACUGUCGGUAUAGUGACAGCCGGCAUCCAGUCUGCCGGUAUAUCAUAUGUAUCCCAAGUUACUAUACUUAUAUACAAUAUAACUGUGAAAAAUGCACUGCACCUUUUAGAUUGCCAUGACUGAUACAGUAAGUGCACCAUACAACUACCUCUUUUUUUCUAUUUUGCAUCGUAUUAUUUGACAUUAGAAAGAAAAACAGAAUCGGGGCCCUGAUAUUAGAACCUGUUCUAACAGUUAAAUGCAUGACCAUUAGCUGGGGUUCCUGCUUAGGAUGCCUGUCCACCUGUCACUGCAUGCAAGUUGCCACAUAUUGCUCAUAUUGGUUUGUCAAUCUGAUUAUCAAAGGAGAUGCUGGUGCUUUCACUGACUGCGGUGAGUCAUACAGCUGUCUCAAACGUAACAGAGCCUGAUAAUGCAGAACAGGUCAUGUUACCCAAAAUGUCAAGUGUGCAUGAAUUGUUUCACAGAUUUUCCAACGUUUUCUAAGUUCAGUUUAUUUCUUGUCAUGCUGAAAACCUUUGCACUGCUAUUACUGAUGCAACCCCCCCACAAAUACACAUUGCCAGAUUUAAACUAUGCGCAUGUAAAAUAAUACAACAAAAGGGGACUAUAGCUCCUUAGAAUGUACAUCUGUCUUUAAUUCCUUAUGAUAAUAAUAAUAUUAAUAAAGCAUCUCUCAAAUAUA